GGGAGGAAGCGGCAGAGUCGCCGCUGUCCUGAGCGCAGCCGGGCUCCACUCCCUCCCCGUGCCAGCGACAUCGUCCACUGCAGCUGCGGGCACCGGGUACCGUGCUCCAGGCUGGCCGGGGAUGCGAGCUGCUCCCGCGACGGCAUGGCAGCCUCAGGGUGGGGCCGAGGAUGCGACAUUCUCAUCUUCUACAGCCCAGAUGCGGAGGAAUGGUGCCAGUACUUACAGGACCUUUUCAUAUCCUGCCAUCAGGUCCGCAGUCAGAAGAUGCGGACAUACCGGCUGGGCCCGGAGACCUCCUUCUCUGCCCAGGACCUGUGGGUGUUCCGGGAUGCACGGUGCAUGCUGGUGCUACUGUCUGCGGGGCUGGUGGAAUGUUUUUGCCAGCCCGGACUGCUGCCGGUACUGCAGCGAGCCUUCCACCCUCCGCAGCGUGUGGUGCGGCUGCUGUGCGGAGUGCAGUCCGAGGAUGAGGACUUUGAGACCUUCUUUCCGGAAUGGGCGCACUGGCAGGAGCUCACCUGUGAUGAUGAGCCGGAGACCUACCUGGCGGCUGUGAGAAAAGUCAUUUCUGAAGAUUCUGGCUGUGACUCAGUAACUGACACGGAGCCCGAGGACGAGAGAGCUCUUCCUCUCUCAAAGCAGACAAGCCUGCCUUCGGAGACGUCGCCUGGGAACCUGAUGGUGGUGCAGCCGGACCGCAUUCGCUGUGGGGCAGAAACCACUGUGUACGUCAUUGUGAGAUGCAAGCUGGAUGAGAAGGUGUCGACAGAGGCAGAGUUUUCCCCUGAGGACUCGCCCUCCGUCCGGGUGGAGGGCACGCUGGAGAAUGAGUACACGGUUUCGGUGAAGGCUCCAGACCUCUCCUCUGGCAAUGUUUGUCUGAAGGUCUAUUCUGGGGACUUGGUGGUAUGUGAAACCACCAUCAGCUAUUAUACUGACAUGGAGGAAAUUGGGAACUUACUGUCCAGUGCUGCAAACCCUGUGGAGUUCAUGUGUCAGGCCUUUAAGAUUGUGCCCUACAACACAGAGACUCUUGAUAAACUGCUCACGGAGUCCCUGAAGAACAACAUCCCUGCAAGUGGACUGCACCUCUUCGGGAUCAACCAACUGGAGGAGGAAGAUAUGAUGACAAAUCAGAGGGAUGAAGAGCUGCCCACCCUGUUGCAUUUUGCUGCAAAGUACGGAUUGAAGAACCUCACCGCCCUGUUGCUCACCUGUCCAGGGGCUCUCCAGGCAUAUAGUGUGGCCAACAGGCAUGGCCACUAUCCCAACACCAUUGCUGAGAAACACGGCUUCAGGGACCUGCGCCAGUUCAUCGACGAGUAUGUGGAGACAGUGGACAUGCUGAAGAGUCACAUUAAGGAGGAGCUGAUGCAUGGCGAGGAGGCUGACGAUGUGUAUGAGUCCAUGGCCCACCUGUCCACAGACCUGCUCAUGAAAUGUUCCCUCAACCCUGGCUGUGACGAGGAGCUGUAUGAGUCCAUGGCUGCCUUUGCCCCAGCAGCCACAGAAGACCUCUAUGUUGAAAUGCUUCAGGCCAGUGCAGGCAACCCAGGCUCUAGAGAAAGCUUCUCUCGGCCCACCAAGGACUCAAUGAUCCGCAAGUUCCUAGAAGGUAACAGCGUGAAACCAGCCAGUUUGGCGAGAGAGCAGUACCAUUCCUACCGGGAAGACAUUUAUCACACUGUGGAUGAAGAUGAGACCUUUUCUGUGGACCUGGCCAACAGGCCUCCUGUCCCCGUGCCCAGGCCAGAGGCCAGUGCUCCUGGCCCUCACCCACUGCCCGACAACAAGCCAUACAUUUCUAAAGUUUUUGCAGAAAAAAGUCAGGAGCGACCUGGGAAUUUCUAUGUUUCUUCAGAGAACAUCAGAGAAGAGCCACCCGUGAGGCCAUGGAGGGACAGGCCCCCGUCGAGCAUCUACGACCCAUUUGCUGGGAUGAAAACACCUGGCCAGCGGCAGCUCAUUACCCUGCAGGAGCAGGUGAAGCUGGGCAUCGUCAAUGUGGAUGAGGCUGUACUGCACUUUAAAGAGUGGCAACUCAACCAGAAGAAACGAUCCGAGUCCUUUCGCUUCCAGCAGGAAAAUCUUAAAAGACUAAGAGACAGCAUCACCCGAAGACAGAGAGAGAAGCAAAAAUUGGGAAAGCAUUCAGAGCUGGAGAUCACAGUCCCAAUCCGGCAUUCGCAGCACCUGCCCGGAAAAGUGGAGUUCGGAGUGUAUGAGAGCGGCCCCAGGAAGAGCGUGUUUCCCCCAAGGACGGAGCUGAGACGUGGAGACUGGAAAACCGACAGCACGUCGAGCACAGCAAGCAGCGCGAGUAACCGAUCAAGCACACGGAGUCUCCUCAGCGUGAGCAGCGGUAUGGAGGGCGACAAUGAGGAUAAUGAAGUCCCUGAAAUAACUCGAAGUCGUAGCCCAGGUCCUACCCAAGUGGAUGGAGCACCGGUGGUGACUGGAACACCAGUCAUGACCCUGGAGAGGCCCCCCAGGGUGCCUCCUCGAGCCGCUUCACAGAGGCCUCUAACCCGGGAGCCUUUCCAUCCUCCUCCACCAGUUCCCCCCAGAGGUCGCUGAUUCCCACUCCUAAAUCAAGCCUACUACAGACUUUUAAGACUUGCGGUUUGCAGCCUGUGGCCGAAGUCUUCACACUGAGUGUUCUGCAUGACUGCGGACCUUGAGAUUCACCAUCACUGCUGAUGCCACAGCCCUGCUACUUUGGGUGCUUCUCAAAGACAUUAAGGCAUGGUGGAAUCUGAGACUAAGGACCUUGUUCAACGUCGCUGAGUGUAUUGGGUCACAUUCUUGGUUGCCGAAAGGAUGAAGACUCUAUCAAAAUACUUACCUCUCGUAUCCUAUAGCAGGAGCCAAACGGGGUUGGCGGAAAUGUACUUAACAAACGAGUGUACUGUAGUAAACAUGGAUUCGUCCAUCCAUACCUGCUAGUCCAGCCUAGUUUCUAGAAAUGGUUGUAGCAUUUCCAGCAGAAGAAAUGGCCUAACUUUGAAGCAGUUCAACAUUUCUAUGUGUGUGCUGGGGCU